UUCAAUUUCGCUCUGCGGUGUGUGUAAAUGGGAAAAAUGAGGAAAAAUUUAUGUGCGUGAAUUUUGGAUUUGGUGUCGUUUUUCUCUUUCGUUGUGUUCAUGCUAUUUCUGUUUUAGUUCUUUUAAUUUCAAACACCGUUUGAGUUGUGAAAAUUAUACCGAUCAGAUUUGCAAAAAUAGCAGAAAUAAUAAAAGACAAUUUAAAUUAGCUUCGGAAAAUCGGUGUCAAACAAAAAAUUGAUUUUUGUUGACCUUUUUUUUUAAAAAAAAAAAAAACACCGCACAUAAAUUAAGCAAACAACAAUUAAAGAAAAUAACAACAAACAUAACAAAAGUAAAAAAAAAUGUCGAGUGAAGAAGAUAAACCGCCCGCCCCGCCGGUUCGAUUAACAAGCACAAAUCGAGGUUUUAGCAAAUCUGAUCAUCGAAGUGACAGCGCUCCGAAUGUCGAACUGAAACCUCUGCCAAAAGAACCUGACGAUGCCGAUCGAAAGAAGAAAACUUCCAAAAGUAAAGCUAAAGGAUCGAUGCCAAAAGCAGGCACCGAUUCAAAACCAAAUAUAUCGUAUCCAACGAAUUUCGAGCAUACGGUUCAUGUAGGAUUCGAUGCUAUCACCGGUGAAUUCACGCUGCCUUUGAAAGGAAUGCCCGAAGCAUGGGCACGAUUGCUCAUGAACUCGAAUAUAAGCAAACAAGAGCAAAAGAAGAAUCCACAGGCUGUUUUAGAUGUAUUAAAUUGGUUUGAAAACAGUAGCAAACAACGGCCAAGCUCAAAGUAUAUGAUUAAUACAACCGCCCCAACAACAGCUACAAAUUCGGCCUCGUCAUUGAGUCAUGUGAGCAGCAGCACGCCAAGUAGUACGCCAACCGAUUCUGAGUCGCAUCACAGUGGACAAAUAUUACAUCCAGCGGUUAGUGAAUCGUCAACGCAACAAAGUUUACAAAUUACCGACAAUUCGGUAAACGAAGAGGCAUCCAGCGAUGACAAUGCACCACCGCCACCACCAAUUUCUAGUCGACCCGAACGAACUAAAUCAAUUUAUACAAGACCACUUGAUGACACAAAUCUAACGGAGAGUGCUAUCAAUUAUCAACAUCAAGCUCAAUCGGUGCAAAACAACUUGAUGAACACAUCAGUUGCAAUAAAGAGUCCAACACUUGAUAAGAACAAAAACAAUGCAAGCAAUAUUUAUAGUCCGAAUUCAAUUAAUUAUAACAUGCAACCAAAACUGGCGAACAAUGCGGCGCUAUCGAAAACAACAACAACACAAAAACCAACGUCACCAGAACAUGUUCCUACAGUGCAUCCAACAUCACCGGUAUCGGCAACAGCUAACGGAAGUAGCAAUACAACGCCAACAAGUGGUGGAACAAUUCUAAAUCAAGUACAGCCGACUGCACCACAAACAACUCCCCGAAAUAAUGGUGCUCUUAAAAAGAAGAAAAUGACCGACGAAGAAAUUCUCGAUAAACUGCGAACGAUUGUGAGCGUUGGUGAUCCGACACGAAAAUAUACGAAAAUCGAAAAAAUUGGCCAAGGUGCAAGCGGUACGGUCUAUACAGCAAUUGAAAGUUCAACCGGUAUGGAGGUGGCCAUUAAACAAAUGAACUUGUCACAACAACCCAAAAAGGAGCUAAUCAUCAAUGAGAUUUUAGUGAUGCGAGAGAAUAAGCAUCCAAAUGUUGUAAAUUAUUUGGACAGCUAUUUGGUUGGUGAAGAGCUAUGGGUAGUGAUGGAGUAUUUGCCAGGCGGUUCGUUGACCGAUGUCGUCACCGAAACAUGCAUGGACGAAGGACAGAUCGCAGCUGUUUGCCGUGAAGUAUUACAAGCGUUGGCAUUUUUGCACAGCAAUCAAGUGAUUCAUAGAGAUAUAAAAAGUGACAAUAUACUAUUAGGCUUAGACGGAAGUGUGAAAUUAACCGAUUUUGGUUUUUGUGCACAAAUAUCACCCGAACAAUCGAAACGAACCACAAUGGUUGGCACACCAUAUUGGAUGGCACCCGAAGUGGUUACACGCAAACAGUAUGGACCGAAAGUCGAUUUAUGGUCUCUGGGAAUCAUGGCUAUAGAAAUGAUCGAGGGCGAGCCACCGUAUUUAAAUGAAAAUCCACUGAGAGCAUUGUAUCUUAUUGCAACGAAUGGAAAACCCGAAAUUAAAGAAAUGGAAAAACUCAGUCCAAUAUUUCAAGAUUUUCUUGAUCAGUGCUUGGAAGUAGACGUUGAACGUCGAGCCGGCGCUCCCGAUCUAUUGAAGCAUACAUUUUUGAAAUUAGCGCGUCCAUUGGCUAGUCUAACGCCAUUGAUAUUAGCGGCGAAAGAAGCUGCAAAAGGCCAUUAGCGAAUCUUUUGGUCUUAAUAACAACAACAAUAACACAACAUACAGUAAACGCAGUAAUUAAGCAAACUUAUCAAAUGUAAUGUCAUUACUUGAAGUACCACUAUCAUCAACAAAAUCAUAUGAUAUAUCAUUAUUUUUUUCGCUCUUUUUUUAAUUGAUUUUAUUUUUGUAUUUAAAGAGAUUUCAAGCCUAUUGUUUUUUUGCAUUUAACUAUUAAGAUAGAGAUUAUUGUUUGCCCAGAUAUAUUCUUGAAUUGUAUCAAACUCGUUUGAAAAAUUGUGUUUGAUUUUAUUGUUUAUUUUAUUGAAGAAAAAGAAAAGUUGUAUCACAUGGGCUGCGUUGAAGGAAAAUGUAAAAUGACAAGAAUAUAGAGAAGGUAAAAAAAUUGAGUGACAAAUAGUGUAUGCUUGCUAAUUGCGCGCGCAAUGAGUUUAUUAUGUCAUAAGAACAAAUGGACACAAAUAAAAAUCGUUGUGUCAAUUGACAUAGAAAUGAGAGAGAGAGAUAUAAGAAAUAGAAAAACGGCAAUAUUUUUUCGGUGUAUUUAAUACACUUUUAAGGAUGAUUGCAUGCUGAAUAUUUUCCGAACGAAACAUUUUAAUGAAAGUUUAAUUUGAAAGACAGACAAAUGAAAGACACGUUGAAGCGGUGAGAAAGAGAUAAAAUUGUACGAUUGACAUCGAGUGAGAUGAAGUGUAUGUUAAAGAAACGAGUAGAACAUUUAAAUUAUAAUUUUCAGUUUUACAUAGACUAAAUUAUUCAUUAGUAUUUAAUUAAAAUCGAGAUAGAGGGAGAGAAACAUCCGUUCGUUGUUUAUAAUCAUAGAUUUUUUUUCGUUUACUUUCGGCGAAGUUUUAUGUGAAGUAACCAGAGGUGUCGGCUUUUGUACGAAAUUUGUUUCUUUUUUGGCGAGCAUUGUAGCGUAAAUCAAAUAUUAAUCAUGGUCGUGUAACAUUUUUCUGUGUAAGGUUUUUUUUAACUCCUGUUUUAAUGUUUCUUCAUCUUAUUUCAUCCAUCAUUCAUACUGAUGGUUUUUCAUCUUAAUUCAUACUACCUGUACCACACUCACAAAGACAAACACACCAAAAAAAAACAUUAACGAUGAUGAAUAUGAAUAAAGGAUGCCUUAACAGUAAAAAGACGAUAACAAAAAACAAAAACAAACCGUGGAUGGAGAAUAUAUAUGUGACGUAUUUAAAUAGAACAAAACACAUUUCGUAGAAGCUUCAAGUAAUAUAAAUAUAUUGUAAUAAAUAUGCAAAUUUCGCCGAACAAAAAAAACUAUUGUAGUACGAAAUCGAGCUGAUGAGAGACUGUGGCCUGUAGAAUGUUUAAAAUGCAGACCACUCACUGCUAGGAUAGGCUUUUUCAAAUUUCUUUUGUUUCUCCACGCCAUUUUUUUUUUUUUUGAUUUGCCAAAAAAACAAAAA